AUGGAGCAGCUCAUGCGCCAAGUCGCCAGAGCCUUACAUCAAUGGGUGAAGCUCCAGCAAGACGCAACCGAAGGAACCAAGCUGUUUUUCUCUAUUGUUGAUCUGCAUGCAUUGACGGUGCCCCAAGAUCCAGCCCAACUAAGGCGAUGGAGGAGGGAGGCAUUUGCAACAUUGCUUGCUGUGGGGCUGGAUCCUAAGCGCUCUACAAUAUUUUACCAGUCCGGUGUGCCAGCACAUACUGAGCUCAUGUGGAUCCUUAGCACCGUGGCUUCUAUGGGAUAUCUAUCGCGCAUGACACAGUGGAAGAGUAAACUACAGCUGCCCGACAGUGCAACGUUGGAUGAUUCAACGGCACGGGCACAGCUGCGCCUGGGUCUUUUCUCAUAUCCCGUACUCCAAGCUGCUGAUAUCCUCGUGCAUAGAGCUACCCAUGUCCCAGUUGGGGAAGAUCAGAGACAACAUCUAGAGUUUUCCAGAUACACCGCAAAUAGCUUCAAUCACGUCUACGGACCUAUCUUCCCCAUCCCCGAGGCAUUGAUAUCCCCUGCCAAACGAGUGAUGUCGCUGAAGGAUCCCACGUCAAAGAUGUCCAAGUCGCAUGCUGACGAGAAGUCACGGAUCAUCCUUACCGACUCGCCGGCAGAGAUUCGCCGGAAAGUCAAGGUGGCUCUGACAGAUUCGGAACCGAGUAUCACCUAUGACCCGGAACGUCGACCAGGCGUAUCAAAUUUGAUUGAGAUCCUUAGCCACCUGGAAGGUGUAUCGUGUGGGGAUAUUGUGUCUGAGUUCCACGAUGCAAGUCUUCGGUCACUCAAGGAGCACGUUGCGGACCGGAUUGCCUAUCAUUUGCAGGAGAUCCGAGAUCGGUACACUACAAUCAUAGAGGAUAAGACUGGGUACCUGGAUUCGGUGGCUGAGGAGGGUGCAGAGGCGGCGCGCGCCAAUACUCGGGGGACCAUGCAGCAGGUUCGGGAUGCGAUGGGUCUCCUGAACUCGGGGCAGACGAUCGGCGCAAUGAAAAAUACAUUGAUUCUAUUGGCCACGGUCCUGGUGCUGCCUACCUGGGGGUUGACUCUUCACCGGAGAGACAAUCCUGCGGUGGUGCAAAUGGAUCUCCAACGCAAAGAAGUCUUGAAUCCUAUCACAAGAGAUCGAGCCAGGCGAAAACGUUCUUCGACGGUCAACCAGGCAUUGGACAAUGAGGAAACCCUAUACUUCUGCAAUGUCACCUUGGGUACCCCAAAGCAGAGCGUGCGACUGGUUCUUGAUACUGGAAGUAGUGAUUUAUGGUGCAAUACGCCAAAUUCCACUCUUUGUGAACCCCCCAAAGAUGAAUGUAAUGCAUCCGGCACUUACGAUCCCAGCUCCUCUUCUUCGUAUUCCUUUGUGAGCUCGGAUUUUAAUAUCACCUAUGCCGAUGGAUCCGGCGCCUCCGGGGACUAUGUCACCGAUACGUUCACCAUCGGCGGCACAACUAUCAAAGACUUUCAGUUCGGCCUUGGAUUUUCGUCAGGUUCUAGGGAGGGCGUGCUGGGCAUCGGAUAUGCUAUAAACGAGGUCCAAGUGGGCAGAAAUGGAGACUUGGCAUAUGCCAACCUGCCCAAGGCGAUGGUCGACAACGGCGUGAUUCGAUCUAAUGCUUACAGUCUCUGGCUUAAUGACCUGGACGCGAAUACCGGCUCCAUUCUGUUUGGUGGAGUCAACACCAAGAAGUACCAUGGCACCCUGCAGACAGUCCCUGUUCAGAAAGUCGGGGGAGUGUAUUCGGAGUUCAUUAUUGCACUCACUGAACUCACCCUCACCAAUUCCUCGGGUGAAACUACCUACUCAUCGAGUUCUCUUCCUGUAGGCGUGUUACUAGAUUCGGGAAGCUCUCUCACCUACCUCCCCGACGCCCUUGUCCAGAAAAUCUACAACGAUCUCGAGGUCGUUUACGUGCCGGAGACUGGAAUUGGCUAUGUUGAAUGUAGCAUAGCCGAAAAGAGCAUCACCAUCGGCUACACGUUCUCAUCCCCGACGAUUAACGUGGGCAUCCGAGAGAUGAUCAUCGAUGUUGGUGACCUCUAUUUCCAGAACGGCAAGCGGGCCUGCGUCUUCGGUAUUGUCCCAGCUGGAAGCAGCACGUCGGUCUUGGGAGACACGUUUCUCCGCAGUGCAUAUGUGGUAUAUGACCUUGACAACAACGAAAUAUCCCUCGCAAAUACCAACUUUAACUCCACCGAGAAUGAUAUCCUGGAGAUUGGGACGGGCACCGACUCUGUCCCCGGUGCAACUGCCGUCUCCAACCCAGUAACUACCGCACCGGUUGGUGGAACCGUUGCGCGGAUUGGAAGUCCACAUGGAGGAUCCGACAUAUUUGGCUCUGCCUCUGCCACUGGGAACAAGGCUAUACCCAGGGCGACCGCUAUGCCGAAGCACUUCGCCGUUGGCCUUGCCGGAGCGGGAGCUUUCCUGGUUUUGUAA